ACCUUAAUGAAAUCAAUACAAACUAUAUGAUUGGUUAUACAUUUGCCAACGGUCUAAGAUCAUGCCACGUCAUUGAAACAAUUCGAAACAUCACACGAUACGAGGAGGAGGAGGAGGACAUGCGUGUCAAAUUUCAAAAGACAGGGUCAUUUCGGUAAUCUCAACUGCGGAAGCCCAAAAAAGCGCCAUCUCGCUCAGAGAGACUGAGAGAGAGAGAGAGAGAGAGAGAGAGAAAUGGAAAAAGGAAGAGAUUACCGAAAUGGCUGCAAAAUCUGAGAUUCCGAUGGAGAGAGAGAGAGAGAGAAUAAAUAUCUGUUGAUUUCGUCUUCGUCUUCCAUGUUUUUCGCAUUGGGAAAUUUGGAUUGAGAUUGUUGAAUUCAUCGUUUUCUUCUUCGCCACCUGAAAAAAAAAUAAAAAAUUCUCAAAUACUUUCAACUCAUUUUCUCCCCCCCUGCCGUACCCCACAAGAAUUGAAAAUUCCCAAAACCGCCCGCCAAAAUCCCGCCUUUUGCAUCCCGCAAUCAAAAAAUUCUAUUUCCAGGUUUUUUCCCAAUUUCCAUUUCCUCCUUAUAUUAGCCUCGCCGCCGUCUUUCUUUUUGAUUUCAUUUUCUCGGCGAAAAAGUUCGCCUUUCCAGGCGGUUGCGCGUGCUCCAGAAGUUUCGUAAAACCGGAGCGUUUUUUUAUUUUUUAUUUUUUAUUUUUAAAUUGCAAAAGGUGGUGAAGAAUUAUCUGGGCCGUCCACGUGGGAAUUGAAGAAUUUUCCGUCAGCGUCCACGAUGGUGGUGGGGCCGAAGAAGAUGAGGUGGGGCACCUGGGAGGAGCUUAUCCUCGGCGGUGCCGUUCUCCGGCAUGGUACGGACGACUGGAACGUCGUCGCGUCGGAGCUCCGGGCCCGGACGGUCUACCCGAACAACUUCACCCCCGAGGCUUGCAAGGCCAGGUAUGAGGAUUUGCGAAAGCAGUACUCUGGCUGCAAGUUUUGGUUCGAAGAGCUAAGAAAGCGUCGAAUUGAAGAACUGAAACGGGAAUUGGAGAGAUCUGAAGGUUCGAUUGGAUCGCUCAAGUCGAAGAUAGAAAUUCUAAAGGCUGAGAGAGAGCGUUCGGGCCAAGCAGAAUCACCCGUUCCUUUGGUAAAAUCCGAGGGUGUUGAGUUAUUCCAAAAGGAGGGAUCCAAGGACGGCCUAUCGGCUGGCAGCUUCACCCAAAAUAUCAGAACGGAUGAGUCACAUGAAUGUCAAAUUCCCGCUUUGACAUCGGCCACAGAGACCGAGUCGAAGAUGGAAGGAUCCGAGAGUUGUGAGCGGGAGAAAGUGGCGAGCAUAAGCAAACUGGCGGGCAAUAAACACGGAGGGACGGUGAAGAAGAGAAGAGGCUGUAGAAAGAGGAAGGACCGAGUUUGGGAUUCCAAAGAAGGGAGCAUUGGCGAGAGCGAAAACGUGUGUUCGACGAGUGCCGCCUCGAUUUCUCCCAGCAAGGAAGCGUCAGUCGGGUGUGACCAGACUAGAAGACCUUCCAGCCUCGAUAAUCAUAAAGGAAGCUUGUGUAGUGUGAAGAACAACGGCUUGAUGGACGUCUUUAACUCCAUUGCACAGAGAGAACCCGCUUUGGUCUUUAGGCAUCGCCUCGAUAGUCAGAAGCGAGCGAGGUACAAGAAAAUAAUCAGACGCCAUAUGGACAUGGAAACAAUAAGAUCAAAACUAGCAACCCUUUCGAUCAAAUCAUCUGUAGAGCUCUUCAGGGACCUGCUUUUACUGGCAAACAACGCCCUCGUAUUCUACUCGAAGAGAACUCGGGAAUACAAAGCAGCGCUGGCCCUGAGAGAUCUCGUCACCAAAGCCUACCGCCAGCAGCUGUACCGAGGGUCCUACACCAAAACCGCCUUCGUUCUGCUCCCUCUGCCGACCAUAUGCUGUCCUCCCGUGAAGCCACGAAGCGCCAGGCCCCGCCCAACCAAACAAAGAAUCCCGCCAGCCAUGUUGCCGAACAACAACAAUAACAACAACAACAAGAAUGCUGUUCCUAGGUCACUUGAAGGGAUCAAAAGACAGAGUGAUCCUCCUGAUUCAAGCCCUCCAUUGCAAUCACUCUUGACAGCAAAGAGAGGCUGCAAGCAACCCGGGAAGGCGGGGAAGCGCGCAUCGGGGAAUCAAGUUUGGCGCCAUCGAGCUUCGGAGAAGGAAGAUUCUUUGCAUAAAACUAUGUCAAAGGGAGAGAUGGGAUCUAAGCCUGUAGCGAAGGAAAGGAAAAUGACCCGGCAAAGACUGAAUUAAGGUGAACACCAAAUUUUCCGGCCAACUGAAUAUUCCUUUUUUUUUUUUUCCGGCCAGUAUAAUUGCUUAGCUUAGAACUGUGAAACAAUGUACAUUUUCCCUCCUUUUUAGUUCAUAAUGGAAUUUUUUUUAAUUUUUUUUUUAGAAUAUCA